UGCACGCGCACACUGCGCACGGACACGGAGAGAGAGAGAGAGAGAGAGGAGCUUCAUCAUCAUCAUCAUCCUCACCCUGAUGGAGCCCCGGGGGCCUCACCCUCACCCCGCAUCCUGACAGGUUGUGAAAGACCACCAUGUCCACUUUAUAUCAACAGCCAUGAGUCAUAAGGAGGAGCCAGAGGAGACCGGGUCCAAAGUCCCGCCUCCUCAGCGCACCCGGCCUCCGAACAGUACACCCGCAGAAGGAGGCCGUCCCAGGUGGAGGCCGUGCCAGCUGAACAGCCAAGACGACCAGGGACACGCCCAUCGCCAUCAUCACCAUCAUUACCAUCGACAAUCACACCAACAGCAGCCUGGCACUAACCGAGCUCCACCACGACGCAGCCGAAGACACGCCACCUUCCAUGCUCAGAGGGGGUCGGGUGAGAGUGGUGAUGCGGUGCGACAGGCAGGUCAGCAGCCACGUCCAGUUGGGUCGAGGUAUCGACGGAGUGCUGAUGGAGAACAUCAGCACAGGCAUAGACAGCAACCCAGAGAGAUUCAUGCAGUGCCACAGCCUCUUGAUGUUCCCGAGACCGAUCCAGCCAUGGACACGUUGUCUCCUGAGGAUUCGUCCCAGGAACCGCUGACUCCAUCUUCACAGGAGGAUCUGACUCCUUCUCAGGAAGAACCAACACCAUCUCCACAGGAGGUACCACCUUUAGAGCAAGAUGCAGGUAGCCCAGGUCUACAUUGUUCCUCCAGUACUGAGAGCAGCCUUCAUGCACACUCUGAGCAGACUGAGGAUCAGAACAGAGAGGGUGAGCAGACAGAGGAGUGUAAGGGUGGGAUAGACGAAUUGAAGAUGGAGGGAUGUCAGGAAAAGAGAGAUAAAGGGACAGAUUCUUACAAAGAGGCUGAAAAGGAAGGAAAAGUACAAGUGGAGAAGGAUUCUGUAGUAAACACUGGUAGUUCAAAAGGUAGUAAGAAGACCAGUAGGAGGUCUGGGCCCAUCAGAGUGGAUGUUCCACCUUUUGCAGAAUUUCCACAUCAGCCACUACCAGUCCCUAACUUCCAAUCUCAGCCUUUUUCAGAACCUCUUAAAGGUUACCCUAUGGAGCCCAAAUCAGGUCCUAUCAAUCUUACCCCCUCCAGCUACACCGCCCUGAGCACAGAAUGCCGAUCUGGCGCUCAGCCAUAUGAAGAAGCAUUUUCAGACUCCAGUUCAGAAGCCUGUUCUCCUUCAUAUCCAUCAGUAUCUGAGUCCUGUCCAAAGUUCUACCCGAUGACUCAGACAGAAUCAAACACAGAACCGUACCACUCAUCACAAGCUGGAUGGUACCAGGAACACUCUGAGGAACAGCAGAGCUUUGAGAAAAAUCAUGACAUGUCCGCCAGUGAGGCUAAUCCACCGAUCAGUUUUCAUGAGGAACAGAGACCUCGGGGUUCUGUCGGUUCCAGACUUCACCACUAUGAUGAACGGUCGGGAGAUGAAGCUAGCAGUCCUGAUAGAGGGAGAAGUAAAGUUUGGAGACGUAGUUUAAAACAGAAAUGUACAGAGAUCAGAAAGGAGCAUUGUGAGGUUCGUCCUCGUUUGCCUGCAUCAGACAGAGAAGAGCUGCCAGAACAUGACGCUGUAGAAGACAGACCAUGUGCUAUGCAAGAACCUACAAAUGACUCCGGAGAUGCGAUAUCUUUGGCAAUAAGAGACAUAAAAGAGGCGAUUGAAGAGGUGAAGACUAAGACAGUCCGCUCCCCGUACACGCCCGACAAACCCACAGAGCCCGUGUGGGUGAUGAGGGGAGACGUCAGCCCGGUGGACGAGUCCCAGCCACAAUCUUGUUCUCCUCCGUCUCCUUCAGAGCCUCCUCCAUCUCCUCCUCAGGACACGACAAGUUCCCAGGUUCCAGCUUUAGAUCCUGCAGUUCCUCUGGGAGCAGAAUCUUCCAGAGCCCAUGAGCACCAGGAAGCGGACCUCAGUCCCAGUUUACCAACAGCUGAAGAGCUCAGAAGGAACCUAGCUGCUUUCCCUACGUAUGUUGAUGUUCCAGGUCCGUGUGAUCCAGAUGAUUUAAUCGAUGGAAUCAUAUUCGCAGCCAGUUUUUUGGGUUCCACUCAGCUGCUGUCUGAGAGAACGCCGAGUAAGAGCUCCCGCAUGCAGCAGGCUCAGGAGGCCAUGAGCCGCGUCCGGGGUGCAGGAGAGGAGCUUCCGUCUGCCACUGAGGUCGAUCUCUUCGUCUCCACUCAGAGGAUCAAAGUCCUCAACGCUGACACACAGGAGACCAUGAUGGACCAUCCUCUGAGGACCAUCUCCUACAUCGCAGACAUCGGGAACAUGGUGGUGCUGAUGGCGCGCAGGAAGCUGAUCCGCUCUCGCAGCGCUCAGGAUCAGGACUCGGCCGUCGCUCAGCACUCGACCCCGGCGGAGGACGAACAGCAGCAGUACAGGAUGAUCUGCCACGUGUUCGAGUCGGAGGAUGCUCAGCUCAUCGCUCAGUCCAUCGGUCAGUCCUUCAGCGUGGCGUAUCAGGAGUUCCUGCGGGCGAACGGUAUCGACCCCGAGGACCUGAGUCAGAGGGAGUACAGCGACCUGCUCAACACUCAGGACAUGUACAACGACGACCUCGUCCACUUCUCCAAGUCUGAGAACUGCAGAGACGUGUAUAUAGAGAAGCAGAAGGGUGAAAUCCUGGGCGUGGUGAUCGUGGAGUCUGGCUGGGGCUCCAUCUUACCCACCGUCAUCAUCGCCAGUCUGAUGCACGCAGGACCGGCCGCCAAAUCCGGCCGUCUCAACAUCGGAGACCAGAUCAUGACGGUGAACGGGACGAGUCUGGUGGGUCUGCCCCUGUCUACCUGCCAGAGCAUCAUCAAGGGCCUGAAGUCUCAGUCCAGGAUUAAGAUGAACAUCGUGAGAUGUCCUCCAGUCACCAUGGUCCUCAUCCGCAGACCAGACCUCCGCUACCAGCUUGGCUUCAGCGUACAGAACGGCAUUAUCUGCAGUCUGAUGAGGGGCGGGAUUGCAGAAAGGGGAGGAGUCAGAGUGGGCCAUCGCAUCAUCGAGAUUAACGGGCAGAGUGUGGUGGCCACGCCCCAUGAGAAGAUCGUUCACAUUCUUUCUAGUGCAGUAGGAGAGAUCCACAUGAAGACGAUGCCUGCUGCCAUGUACCGCCUGCUGACGGCUCAGGAACAGCCCGUCUACAUCUGAACUUCGCUCACAUCCUAACGCUGGCUAACCGUCGCUAAGCUUCACCCUCACACACGCCGGAACGUUUCACUCGAAUAUCAGAUUGUUUACAACUUUCUUACACAGAUUAUAAAAAAGAAAAAAAAAACAUUUCCCAUUAAAAUAUCAAAUAUAUAAUCUGCCUUAAUGACCCAUGGAGAGACGCUACGUCACCCAGACGUCCAGCUAAUCAGACGAAGAGGAACCAGCUAGCAUUAGCUCGCUCGCUAAGUCUAGCAGGAUGAGGACCACGGCGGAGGGUCUGCUGCUUCUUAUGACGUUUUGUUUAAAAUACCGUCACGUUUUUGUGUAACCGUUGUGCGUUCUUGUCUUUGGAGGUUUAAACUUCUUCUUUUUUUGAAAACCCGACAUCGGUGAGUCGGCAGCAGGACGACGGAUUCCCGGCUGGGUCGUCACCGGCGCCGCAGUUCUGUUCAUCAGGAGACCCGUCCAGUUCCACACUGGUUAUUUCAGCUGAAAGAUUUCUGUGUGUGUGUGUGUGUGUGAGAGAUCAUGAAAUGGGAAUAGAAAAAAGAAAGUUAACUUCUCUCACCACACACACACACACUCCUCCAGACUACAUCUCUGUCUCAUAGCCAAAGACUAAACUCCAGAGAUUUAUUUAUGAUCUGAACACUGGACCUACGCUAGCACUGCAGGGUGUGUGUGUGUGUGCGUGUGUGUGUGUUAUUAUAUUAAUCUCUUAUAUUAUGACACUGAAAUUAACCUGAGAAACAAGAAGUAAAGAUAAACUGU